UCCCAACUACUUACACUAGUAAAUUACAUUACUUUGUACGGCCGUUCAACGUCCGCCCCAACGCGCAUAAUCUUAAAGCUCUUGAUAUCUUCAAAGUCUUCCUUAAUACUCCUCACAAUCACUUCUUAUAUGUCAUCCGGUGCAUUCACAAGCCAUAUUCAGGAUCGAAACUGUGCAUUUUCAUCUAGCCCACCGCACACUUUCUUACUUUCUCCUCCACCACCACCUCGCUCAAAGCGUGUUUUAAAAGCCCAACCCCCUUCCCCGCCACCUGCGCGUCGUCUUCGAUCGCUAACGGGGCCAACCAAAUCGGAUAAUCCAAGUCCUCAAGUAUACACUACUCCUGCUUUGCUCACGCCUGGACUCAAAACUGCUGGCUCCGUUCACACACAUUUCGAUAUCGGCAAUAGUUCAGGCUACACCGUCGCUAUCGAGACAUUUUCCAACCAUUACGCCGCUGAACACUUAUUCGAAACCAAGACCUCCAUACCCAACACACCCUCUCGUCCUCCUCGCUCUAAAUCUAUCCGUAAAUUGCCCUCCAAAGUGAACAUGGUUAUUGGUUCGAUACUCAAAUCAUCCAAACCCUCAGUCUCUGGGUCGGGUUCAGGGGCAAAGACACCCCUUGGAUCCAGUUCGAAUGUUCUCGCAAGGACUACGUCGCGAACGCCACCAACGACCCAGCCCCCGUCUACUACCAGCGGGCGUCGUGGCUCAGUUCCCAACAUCCCUUUCUCUUCUUCUCGUUCUGGUAAGGGUGACAAGGAGAAGGAGCCAAGUAAUCAGAACAGGAAACGGUACCCUUUACCUGUUCCUUACUCUACGAUCGUCGAGAUGGACCAGAUCCUAGGUGAUACCCGCUCUAAGAAGCAUGUAGCAGUUUUCGUCAAUACUCCCUGUGGUGCUGGUGCGAAUGAGCGGGGUGCCACUGGGAAAGGUCCUUUGCCAUAUAUCGGCGCGGAUGGACGUAUGUGGCGAGACAGGGAAGAGGAGCUAGAAUAUGCUGCAUUGUUGAAGAGCGAUGACAUUGAUCGACGAGGUAGCGGAAGCUCGGCUGAAGAGGAAGAGCGUGCCAAGGGCAGGUGGAAGGUAUUCGGGAAUGGUCCGACCAGUAAGCCAGGAUAUCAUGUUGUUUUGACACCGAAUACACCUGGGAGUGCCGGAACCACUUCAUCGUCGGGCUCAUCAUACUAUCGUGACGACGCGGAACUCUCUCCAUCUUCGCCUGAUUUCCCUGCCUACUCCUUCCCCUCUGCCCAACCCCGUGCCUUCCAGCUGCCUUCAUCCAUUCAUGAUUUUUCUACAUCUCGUUCAAGCACCCCCCCAGUUCCACGGCAACGACGCCGACCAUCACCUCUCCCUGUUUCGUCUGAUGCUCUCGUUCCUCCACCUCCUGCGCCUAUACACCGCGUGGCCUCAGGAUCAGCUCCUUUAGCACCUGCUAUCGACGAUUUCCUUGCAUCAUCCUUCGCUCCUCCCCCUGCUUCUCCCGACCCUCGUGCAGAGCGCAGGCGAUAUGACGUCAGCCCAGCACCUACCAAUCCUAGCCCUCGGUCCACCGCGCCUCCAGGUAUUCCUGCCGGCUUUGAUAUUUUCCCUCCACCGAGAUCAUCCUCACGUCAUGAGGGUAAGAAACUCCAUGAAGAAAAGACCUCGAAUGGUUUCCUUUCGAAUGUCUUUUCUAAGAAAGGUAGUAAGGUCUGAACGAAUUCUUCUUGGACUCACUUUUCGUACUUACUGGCUGCGGGGUUUUACUCUUUUUAUAUCCCGGACGGGUUGUAUUU